CGCACCCGUCGCACGAAGCAAAAAACAACAACACCGUUGCGGUGGCAAAAAAUAAGAAAAUUUAUUAAAAAUCAACAAAAUAAAUCGUUAAUUUUAUUAGCACUUAAAUAAUAUUAAAUAAAAUUAAUUUACCAGUAAAAAAUCUAAAAAAAAAAACAUCAGAAUAUACGUAAUUAACGAAGUCUAAAGUAAAAAAAGAAAGUGUCUCCUCUAAGGUCGUGUAUAAAGUCAAGAAAAAAAAUCGGUAAACACAUAAAAUUUUCCAAAAAAUAUAGGAAAAACUUAAACAAAAGAAGCUAAAAUAUAAAAACUAUUAGAAAAAUAUAUUAAAUGAUUACAGAAUAUUGGUUAAUACUGCAAAAAGUGCAAUUUUUGCUAUCGUGACAUUCUUUUUUUGUGUGGUGGUUGCUUGUCUCUUCUGUUUGCUUCUGUUUGCUUCUUUUCCAUCUUUUGCAAUUUUAAAUUUACGCACAGCAAAGUUACUUUUGUGGGUUACUCCCUGUCUGGACAAGAAUUAUCAGCAUAAAAAGAAUACAUGAUAAAAUAACAUUAACGUUUUAAAGGAUAAAUCGAAAAUAAUAACAAUAAAUAUUAGUGAAAAGAGUGAAUUGGUGAAUUUUGUAAUCAGACAAUAAAGAGUCCAAAUAGGUAUAUCUAUAAAAUUAUUAUAAAUCAAUCGUGUAUAAAAAGUGCAUAAAAUAAAACAAAUGUUUAAGAUUUUAUGACGCAUGUUUGUUGUAACAACAUGCUUGUAAAAAGACAACAACAAUCAGAACAAUUACCAACCGUCCAUUUAAACAAAAGCAGUAGGAAUUUGUUUAAGUCAGAACAAAGACCAAUUAUUGCUGUCUUUGUUACAAAUAUAUUAAAUUUAUAGUGAAUCCUUUCAUUCUUACACAAAAGUUUAUUUGUUUUUUAAUUUUUGUGGAUAAUUGACAUUUUUAUAAAAAUUGCUUAAAAAAACGAUUAUUAAUAAUUUGUUGCUAUAAAUCUAUGGCAACAUUGAUACAUUAUGAAGAUGAGGGCGGGGGUGGUGGUGGAGAUGGUGGUGAUGACACCUCCAGCGUUACUAUAUGUGGCAGCAGCAGCAGUACCAUCAAUAGUCAUUGUUUUAACACGCAUCACACACCAUCGCCAACAAUUUUAGCCUCGACUUCCCCACACGAACAAUUUAACAACAACAGUAAUACUACAACAACAACGUCUGCAAGUAACACUAACGGUUCUACAACCAACACUCAAUUUAUGGAUUACAAAACUACAAAAGAUGAUAUUGAAGGUGUUAGUGGCGACGUCAAUGAUGCGAUAGACGCUGAGGAGCAGCCUCUUGGGUGUGGCAUUAUUAAAGAUCACAACAAUAUAGACAACAACACAACAAUAUGUGCCGCUAACUCAGGUUUGGCUUUACAAAACUAUAGCCAACAUACUCAAACUCAACAGCAACCGGAAACGCAAGCAAAGAAUUUAUUAUUAUGUCGCCGUUUUAAGGACUCUGGCGAUUCAUUGCGCAACUUUACCUCUUUGCCCUUGUUCAUUUAUGCCACAUCGCCAUCAACACAUGCCACUUCGGCCGAUGGUGUGGGUGUUGCACAAGUGGCCGUGAAAGCAGCUGAAGAAGCUGUUGCCAAUAUGAAAAAGAAUGAAGCUCAUGAUCUGAUAAGACGUAAUAGCAAUAGUGCGACAACUCAACAACAGACCAGCAAAAGUAACAGCAGUGUUAGUAGCAGUGGUGAUGGCCUAUUAUUAAGGCGUGCCAUGGAUUGUUUACCCCUGACACAUGGUGUGGGUACACAUCAUCCACAUCUAAUGGCUUCUAGUAAUACAGUCAAUGUAACUGUAGCACCAUCCUCAGCCGUUGUAGCGGCCUAUCCACAUCAUCAUCACCUGAACCUCAAUCAUCAUCAUUUGUUAAGUCAUCAUUUGCCGUACAGCAAUAAUUACAGUGGUCUGCAUCAUACAUCGACGACAUCGUCCAAUAGUCACCAUCACAAUCAUCCACAUUUGAAUAUACACAGUGAACAGACGAAAUCGUUGCAGGAGUUGCAGCAUGAAGUUGGGGCACUGUUGGAAUUUCGUGAUUUAGUUAUAGAAACAUUUCCCGAUCUCAAGCAAAAAAUGGCUUCCAUAUCGUCGGCAGCGUCGACCUCCUCCUCGACGGGCGGCGGUGUUGGCAGUGGAAAUGUUAUGACAAAUGGUCAAUCGUCGUCGGUGAGUGUGAGUAGUAGUGGAUCGACGAUUCCUUUGACCAGUGGUGGUACGUUGGUAUCGCGUCGCGAAUGGGAACCUGGCAUAAGGGUUAAACGUAAGAUUUCUCAGAAAGAACAACCCGCCGCCAUAGAAUUAACAUCGUCGUCUUCGUUGACGAGAAGUCGCAGUAAUUCCCAUAGCGGCAAAAAAGAGCCAAAGAGUAGUAGUGGUGGUGGAGCUGUUGUUAGCGGUAGUGGCGGAGCCACAAGUGGUGGUGAAAAUAAUAAUGGUAGUGUAGUACAAGAUUCUGGAUUCUCCACGGAAACUAGUUCAUCCAAAGAGGGUCAUAGUGCAUCUUCAACAAAUGGUGCUUUAACGGGCGCCAUUGCAUCAAAUCGUUUAUCCUGUCCAGAGUCCGAUGAUGAGUUAUUAAAUCUACUAGAUGUUAUACACCGCAAGUCAAAUCGUUUACGAGAAGAGGUUGAACAUUUACAGAAUUAUGAGCGUCAACAUUUGCAACCAAGUUCGAGUGCGGAACGUGAUCAUCCUGACGUAGCCACCUCUUCCGCUGAAGGUGCCACCGGUCUAUCCAAGUCCAGCAGCAGUAGUGCCAAUACAGCUUUAACACCAAAAACCUUCCGUGAGCAUGUUGAACGCCUGAAUAAAGAAGACUUACAGCAGCUGCGCAAAGAGCGCGAUCGGCUGCUGGAUAAAUUGGCGGAAAUGGAGGCUGAAACUUUGACGGGCCGCAUAAAAGCAGCCAAAAUGAGUGAACAAGUUGAAGAGUUGAUAAAUGUAAAACGAGAUCUAGAGGAACAGCUAAAGCUGGCGAUGGCACAAAGAUUAGAGUUAAACUCUAGAGUGCAACAGUUGCAGCAACAACAGCUUACACAGAGUAAAAAUUCCAACAGUCAAUCGGAUUUUUCCAGUAGUCCUCGUACAUUUCUUUCCUCUUCGGCUAAUACAGUUUUAUCUACGGUUAGUGCAAACUCAUCUAGACAAAAUACAUUCCAACCUGUCGUGGUGGAACAGCAGACCACGGAUCAGCAGCAACAUAAUCAUUUAAUACCAUUCCAUCAAAGCAUUGGCAGUGAUAAUAAACGAAAUUCUCAACAACAGCAAUUCUCGCCCGAUCAGUUGGGUCGUUUAGAUGGCAUUGUUAGUACGCCAGGAGAUCGUAAUGCCAAGUGUAGGGUAACAGAUUCAAAACGCUUUGCCGCUAUACUCCUAGAGACUAGUGUUAUAGAAUUGCGAAGACAUUUAUUAACAUUAACUGUUAAGAAUCAGGUUUUAAUGCAAAAACUUGACCAAGCUUCAAAAACAAAGGGUCAUUUAGUCAAACGUUUAGACAAAUCCAAAGAAGAUGUUGAAGAUUUAAGAUUUCAGCUUGAAGAAAAGAACAUAGAAUUAGAAGGAACUAAAGCGCAACUACGUGUUUUAGAGUCCAGACUGCACUCAAUAACACCCAGCAGCGGUGCUGCCACCAAUUCCUAUUUACACUCGCAAAAUGACUACGAAACCAAUCGUUCUUCAGCCUCUACCACUCUAAUGCUAAGCAGACGUGGUGGUGGUGGCGUUGGCAGUGGCCUAAAUACCGAUUCUAGUGAUAUUCGCUCCUCCACGCCCAUAUCAGCAUCCACACACAAUGGCCAAAUGCCUCAGCCCAUAACAAUGCAAAUAUCGACGCCCAGCAUGAAGGCUAUGACUCACUUACCCAUGGAUGAUAUGCAGCAUCAUAGCAGUAGUACAGAAUCGGCUCAUGAACAUGAUGUGGUACAUCACGAGACCAUGACCAUCAGCCAAAUGCAGACUAAAUUGGAAAAUGGUCGUAAUAUAAGACAAGCUAUAAUGAGUACUAGUGUCGAUGGUGUUAGUCCAUUCGAACAGCAAUUGCAGCAACAACAGGUGGCUGCUAUUAGAAAUCAGGUGCAAGCCUUAAAGAAAUUCAGUGGUGUAACGGCUACGAAACCAAGCAAAAUACCAUUGCCCGGUAGUAAAGCGGCGGCAUAUUUUGCAGGAAAACCACCAUCCGGUAGACCCUCAACAGGUCGUUCGCCUCCAUCGGCAAAUUCUUCAGGUUCCUCCAGUCGUUCACCAUUGAGUAGAAGUACUGGCAAUCUAUUAUAUUCCAAAUCACCGAAUAGCUUGAAAAGAGCUGAUUCAGCACAAAGUAUACGCAAAGAUAACAAUUCAUCAUCGCUUAGCACCAAUACCAGUCGCAGUUCCACCUCGUCAUCCAUACCAAUGGCAACAACAUCAUACGGCUCUGCUUCUAAAUCAUAUGUUGGCGGUGGUGGUGGAAAUGGUUCUAUCAGCAACAACAACCACAAUACAACAAGCAAUAACACUUUAAAUAGUCCGUCCUCGAGAAUUUUACAAAAUUCUCCAUUACCAAAACCAAAACGUGAGUCGUUGUCAACAAAAGUCAGACAUAUGGAUUCCUUAUCGCGUGCUUAUCACCAUCAACACAACAAUACGACGCAUAAUUAUUCCAACAUCAGUAAUACUAGUGAUAAUACACCCACGACAAUUGUGCAAUCGAACACAUCACCCACAACUGCCACUACACCAGGUGGCGGCAAUGGUGCCGGUAGUUAUUUGAUUAGUAGUACGCCAAAAACAUCAACUAUAGCAGCUCAACUUACCUCUUCAUUACGUAAAGAUUUACAAUUAAGUUCCAGUAGUUUUAAUCAUCCAGCGCCAUUUCAACGAAGAGCUACCGCCUCCUCGGCGGUUCAAUCAAAUUCCAAUAACAGCAACACACAGACUACAAGACGUUUCAGCAGUGCUUCCGUGAUGGGGGCUCGCUCGGCUCGACAGGCUUCCCAGGAUUAUGAGGGUCAACAUAACAGCAAUGUGAGUGGCAAUAGUGUUGCAGCCGGUGUGAUCAGUUCUUCUUCAUCGACGCACAGUGGUGGCGUUAACAAUGGUGGCACUGCCAGUGAUAGCGAUAGUGGCAAGAAUUUUUCAUAUGAUAAAAAUUGCGCAAUUAAUGCAAAGGAAAUGAAAUCGGGCCUUAAUCAAUACUUUGAGGAAGUUCUUCUAAGUCCAACCACUAAAAUGCCAACGCCAAAAGCAAAGAAUGACAAGCUUAAGGUGGCCAGGACUAGCAGCAAUAAAAUAACUUUAAGUCAAUACUUUGAAAGAGAAUUAUUGGAAGAGACCACAGCCGCUGAACGCAUGCAAGAAAUGACCGAACAACCAGACUCCAUUAAUGAGUUCUAUGAGGAAGAGGAAGACGAUAAUAAUGAGGAUGAAGAAAUUGACAUCUAUACUUCAUAUGCCUCUUAUAUGAGUUCUUCCGAUCCGGGCAGUGACAAUUUAUUAGUAACAUUCGACUAUGGUUCUUCAAAUUCUUUAGACGCUGAUCUUUCCUUAAACUCUCAACAACUUGAAAUUCUCGACCAAGAGGAGCAAUUUAAUAAGAAUCUCUUUAAAAUCCCCGAAGAAGAAAGUUCAGAAGAUUUAUUAAAAGUAAAACAAACCGAAGUGUAUUCAAAAUCACCCAUUAUUUUCAAACUAAACGAUGUACAAUGUUCAGAAGAUUUAUCGGAAAUUCAACAUGUAAAAAUGCUUACUAAAUCAGCAAACAUUUUCGAAAUACCAGAAGUGCAAAGUUCAGAAAAUCUACUAACAGUUAAACAUGCCGCAAUGUAUUCGAAAUCACCAAACAUUUUCAAAGUCCAUCAAGUAGAACAUCUUAAGCGUAGUGCUAGUAGUAACAUUGAUACCCGUGCUAGUAGUUGCAAUUCUGUGGCAACUUCUUUGGUUGAAUACAAUAUUGAUACCUCUGGUGAUUAUGGCUCUUGGGCUCAUCAGUCUGAAUCUGAACAAGAGGAGGAAGGAAAUUGCAAUGAAAAAACUUAUCGUUAUGAAGAUUUAAUUAAAAAUGACAUUUUGACUGGCGAAACUGAAAGAGAAGUUUUAAUUAAUUUCGAUUUUGAUGAAGAUCAACCACCACGAUGGUUUAACAAUAAUAAUAACAACAAUAAUGAGCAAUUGUAUUAUAGAAGUGUAGAUUAUUUAAAUUAAUAUCAAAUUGUAAUUUAUAUGUUAUAUCUGUAAGUCGAUCUUUUACCAGAUUUUAAUUAUUCUAUAUAUAAUUACACGCAUUUAUUGUUCUACAGUUAUUUUUUUAUUUUCAACAUAUUUUUUUCUUUUUUUUGUAUUUAUUAAGAUAUUUAUUAUUUUAUUGGUCAUAACUCUAAAAUAUUUUGUCUUCCGAUUUAAAUUUUUGUUGAUUAGCUCUGAUUUUUCAUUAAUUAUCCAAUUUAAAACCUGUGUCGGUCAUAUCGUUGUAAAAAAAGGCUUCGAGAAGUGCUUGACAAUGACAAAGAAAGUCCCACUUUCCUCUUCAUAUGCUUUACGUUCGUCUGCAUUCGCACGUCCAGUUUGGUAUAGCUGAGCCCUUAAUCCAGUGACACGCUCAAUUGCUCCCAUUAGGAUCACUUCACAAGAUGUUUGUGGUUUUACCUAAGGUUUCAUUAUUUCAAGAUGCCUUAUGGGAUUCUUUUCCUAAUAGUUUUAAUUCAGCUUUCGUUGCAUCGAAUGCUUUUGCAUUCGACAGGUUAAAUACUACCUUCCCGUUUAUGGUAAUAAAUUCGCCUUUACGUUACCGACUACUUUGGUGUGGCUUGGUUUCCAUAUAUUUUAAUCCUUACCUCUUUCAUGCAAUCGAAUACGGUUUUAGAUUUCAGUUUAUCAAAUGAUAUUGUAAUAAUUAUCUUCUGGCUGUCGGUAAACAUGUUAAGCCUGGUAGGCGCCAUACAUAUGUACAAACAAAUCCCGUCUUUUGAUUUUUACCUCCAGUAUAUAUUAAUUGAGAUGUCAAGAUAAAGCACUGUUAAACUUUUGUAUAUCAAUCUAAAACAACAAUCGUUUAAUACACAAACUAAGACUUUUCGAAAGGACUCAGAUACGCUUAGUUCAGCAUUACAAUUUCUCCAUCGCAUCAAGCUUUCAAGAUAUCGUGUUGUAAAAGUUCCAUUUUUGGCCAUAUUAGAGACGUCAAAACAGCGCGUUGACAUCUUUAUUUACAUCCGAAAGUCUAAUCUUUUGAUUAUAUAUAAGAUAUAAGAGAUGUUUAACCUUUAAUUAUAUAUUCUUUCUUUUUCUAUAUAUAUUUAUAUUUCUUACACUAAAGCAAGAAAAAACUUUAAAAAUUUACAUUUAUCCUUUAUUUUGCUACAAACUAUACUACAAACUUAUAUGCUACAAUCUGAGAA